CUCCUCCCUCCAGUGGGAGCACCAUGCGGGGCUACAACAUUCCAGCCAGGACGCCGCUGCCAUGAUCCGCACAGCAAGUCCAUCCAGGCUGCAGAGGUGCGAGUGUUGCAGCCGAAGACCACUUCCCCUCCACGGCUCCUGACAGCGCGCUUGUGCAAGCAACACAGCGGGAUUUUUUUCGGAGGGGAAAACAACUACAAAAAAGGGAAAAAACCUCCACACCUGUGAAGUUGCUUCACCGCCGUUAUAGCAGCUUACCUCCGGCUUGGAACUGACCGCACGGAGAUAGUCGCACUUUGGCCCCGAAGCCUGCGAGUCUUCCGCGGGGAGGCGAAGAGGCUCCACGGUCCUGGUGCGGUGGUUUCCUCCCGUGGAAUGGAGGGCUUCGUUUGGAUUUUCCACCGGGAGAAUGCGUUUUGUUGCUGAUCCGGUCCCCGGCAACCAGCGCUCCUGGACCAGAGGUUGGCCAAUCAGAAGAGAGCUUGAACGGCGGGCAACACGGCUGCUGGCAGGGGUCAAAGGGCACCAUGGACAGUGGCCUUAGGGUCCUCCUGUCCACUGUGCUGUGUUUCAGCCAGUCCCUGCUCGUCGGCUGCACACUUCAAUUCCCGUCUUUCCGCUCUGAGCCCGCCUCCCUGCUUCAGAGUCCUGGCUCUGUGGCUCGCUUGCGCUGCUCUGUCCGCCCUCCAUCGGCGGCUGUUUUCUGGCGCUUCAGAGGGGCCCCCCUGCAGGCCGACACCCUGCCCGGCGUGGAGCUGAGCAACGGGUCCCUCACCAUCUCCUCCCUGGGGGCGGCCCACGUGGGCGUCUAUCAGUGUGUGGCACGCUUGCGAGGCGGGCCGGCCGUCGCCAGCCGCUAUGUGCGCGUGACUUUAGCAGACAUCUCACAAUACCAAGACACCCGCAGGCGAUCGCUGUCGGUGCAGGAAGGCAGCAGCGCCCUCAUCGAGUGUCCCCUUCCUCACAGCGCACCCCCGGCGUUACCAAGGCUGCGAGUGCGAGGGGAGAUUGUGGACACGUCCUCAGACGACUACUUAGUUCUCCCGUCUGGGAACCUCCAGAUUGUCUCCGCCUCCGCUCGCCAUCAGGGCGUUUACAAGUGCGGCUCGUACAAUCCUGUCACGGGCGAAAGCGUCACGCAGACUCACGGUACCAAAGUCACUGUCAGGCACUCCGCCUCCACCCCUGUGCGGAUUGUGUACCCCGCCUCCCCCGUCAUGGUGGUGCUGCAGCAGUCCCAGCCGUACACGCUGGAGUGCGUCGUGUCCGGUAGUCCCGCGCCGCCGUCCACGUGGCUGAAGGACGGGAAGGAGGUCCCACCGGGGCCAUCGCUGCGACGACGGCACAGCAAUUUGGACUUUGUUGCCGUGACGAGGGACGAUGAAGGAGUGUACGCCUGCACCGCUGAGAGCGAGCGGGGCGUGGCCGUCAGCGCCAACUACACCGUCAAAGUUCUCGAACCGGCAUCCAUCACGGCGGGCCUCACCGACCAACGCGCCUUUCCUGGGUCCGCCGCUCGUUUUACCUGCGCGGCGGCAGGAAACCCCACCCCCAACGUCACCUGGCUGUUCAAUGCCGAACCCGUCGCCACGUCGAGUCACGUUCGGAUCUCGGGGAACUCCCUCGUCAUCACGGCCGUCGCUCCGCAGGACGAGGGCGUGUAUCAGUGCGUGGUGGACAACGAUGUCUGGUCGGCACAGUCGUCAGGCCUGCUGACAGUGCAGUCAGAGCUGCGCUUGGGAGUCGCCGCUCCUGAUGUUCCUUCGUCGCUCCCGCCCAUGCAGAGCGAUGAAGGCCGCGAGCGCUUACUGGCGGAGGACGAAGACGAGGUCGACAGCGGCGGCGACCGCCUCACGCCAGAUGCUCCCAUCAUCAUCAGCCCGCCUCAGACGCACAAACCUGACGUGUACGACCUGGAGUGGAGAGCGGGCCCCGACGGAGGGAGCCCCAUCAACGCAUAUUUUGUCAAAUACCGUAAGGUGGACGAGACGGCCACGGCCAUGGAAAAGUGGUACACGGUGCGCGUGCCGGGCAGCGAGCGCUCCCUGCGCCUUUCCGAGUUGGAGGCGUCCAGCCUGUACGAAGUUCUGAUGGUGGCGCGCAGCUCGGCGGGUGAGGGCCAGCCCGCCAUGCUCACCUUCCGCACCGGCAAAGAAAAGAGCGUCUCGACAAGCAAGAAGCCCUCCAAGCCCCCCGUGGUCUUGAUGCCGCCCAAAGCUCCGGAGGACAAGACGGUCAACACCCACUUUGGAGUGGUGAUCCACGACAGAGUGCCGGAAGCCCCCGACAGGCCCACCAUCUCUAUGGCGACCGAAAGCUCCGUCUACGUCACCUGGAUUCCCCGAGCCAACGGCGGCUCUCCCGUCACCGCCUUCCGCGUGGAGUACAAGCGGGGUCGCGGCCCCGAGUGGGGCGUGGCGGCCGAUAAGAUCUCGCCACUCAAGUUGUCGGUGGAGGUUCGCAAUCUGGAGCCUGGCUCCACCUACAGGUUCCGUGUUGCGGCCAUCAACUUGUACGGGGAGAGUCCUCACAGCGUCCCCUCCAGACCCUACCAGGUGCCCCAGGCCAGCCCUCGUACGGCCGACCGGCCCGUGGUGGGACCGCACAUCACCGCCACCGACGCCAUCAGCGACACGCAGAUCCUGCUGCGCUGGAAUUACAGUCCCUCCAGUAACAACAACACCCCCAUCCAGGGCUUCUACAUCUACUACCGCCCCACUGACAGCGACAACGACAGCGACUACAAGCGGGACCUGGUUGAAGGUGUGAAAGACCGCCACAUGAUUGGACACCUGCAGGCGGAGACGUCGUACGACAUCAAAAUGCAGUGCUUCAACGGGGGCGGCGAGAGCGAGUACAGCAACGUGAUGAUCUGUGAGACCAGGGCUCGUCAGUUUCCGGGCGCCCCCAGCCAACGACCCUUCACCCCGCCCUGGCACCACCCCCAGGAGCCACCCACCGCGCCCGGGGGGUUGCUGUACUUGAUCGUGGGCUGCGUGCUGGGCGUGAUGGUCAUCAUCCUGCUGGCCUUCAUCGCCAUGUGUCUGUGGAGGAACCGCCAGCACAACAACAUGCACAAAUACGACCCUCCAGGUUACCUGUACCAACCUACGGACGUAAACGGACACAUUCUGGAGUACACCACGUUGUCCGGCACCGGCGGCGUCCACGGGGGCUACGGGCACGGGAGCUACGGGCAGGGGGGUGCCAUUUUGCCGGCAGGCUGCCACCACCUGCACCAUAAACACCCCAACGGCCUGGCGCUGCUCAACGGCAACGGAGGACUCUUCCAGCACGGCCUUGACGGCACCUUGCCUCACAGCGGGGGGGACUGCGAGCACCCGCACGCUCACCACCACCACCACAACGGCGGCGUCUACACGGCUCUCCCUCAGUCCGAGUCUUCUGACUGCAUGAGUUGUCAGAAUUUGUGCAACAACAACAGGUGUUACAACAAGACCAACGGCGCCCUCUGUGGCGGCGCCCUCACGCAUCGAGCGACGCGCCUUGCCCUCAGCAGGACGGCCUGGAGAUGGUCCCUCUCGGACGGACGCCAUCGUCGCCACUGCCCCCGGCGCCGCGCCGACGAGUGUGAAGGCGACGCCACGCAGCCGCCCGCCCAACGAGCACAAAGAGUCGUCGCCUCCGCCACAUUCGUGUUGUCUGGUCGGGGGACGACAGACAAUGUCAUGACACAGGUGACCACGUGGAUCUUACAGACCAGGAUGACUCGGUUCUGGUUUGGGACUUUUUGGCUCUGCCAGACUUGGACUGUGACGAAAAACCCGGCUGGAUCUCUGCUGGUCUGACUGGGGAGCUGAUCCAGGAGGUGUGAAGGCGGGGCCAUAUGCUAUGGCACGCCACCUUUUUUAAAAAAAAACUCUUUGGAAGGAAGGGGCGGAGCUAACGUGGUGACGUCACAAACAGGAACUAAGAGGACCUGAAAGUCUGACGCUGGACAUGAAAAAAAGACUUGACAUGACUUAUUUAUUUUUUUGGUGGUAGUCAAAUCUUAUUUCAUAUGAAUGUAUCUUUCUGAGAACAAAGUUGCUCUUUUAUAUUAUUUAUGCUUUUAUUUUUAUUAUUUUUUUGGCUUUCUGGCUUUUAGCGAUGUAAAGUUUUGUAAUAAUAUAAAGAGAAGAUAUGGAAGAGUAAACACGCUUUUUCCUUUUUAUAGAAA